AUGGCCACCUCCACCGUCUCUGUCUGCUCCAGUGACCUGAGCUAUGGCAGCCGCGUCUGUCUGCCUGGUUCCUCUGAGUCCUGUACAGGCUCCUCCUGGGAGAUGGAAGACUGUCCAGAGAGCUGCUGUGAGCCCUCCUGCUGCGCCCCCACCUGCUGCCAGUCCUCCUGCUGUCAGUCCUCUUGCUGUGCCCCCACCUGCUGUGCCCCCACCUGCUGUGCCCCAACCCCCUGCCUGACCCUUAUCUGCACCCCUGUGAGCUGUGGGUCCAGCCCCUGCCAAUCAGGCUGCACAAGCUCCUGUGAGCCCUCCUGCUGCCAGUCCUCAUGCUGCACUUCCUCCCCCUGCCAGCAGACCUGCUGCCCCGUGUGCUGUGAACCUGUCUGCUGCAAGCCCAUGUGCUGUGAACCUGUGUGCUGUGAACCUCUCUGCUGUAAACCCAUCUGCUGUGGGUCCAGCCCCUGCACAACCUCCUCCUGCUGCCAGCCCUCUGUCUGCUCCUUCUCCUGCUGCAAGCCCUCCUCCAGUGUGUCCCUCAUUUGCCGCCCUGUGUGCAAGCCCGCCUGCUGUGUGCCCACCUCCUCUUGCUGUGCCCCCAAUUCCUCCUGCAUGUCCCUCAUCUGCCGCCCUGUGUGCAAGCCAGCCUGCUGUGUCCCCUCAUGUGGCCAGAAGUCUUGCUGCUAA